AUAAAUACUGUUGGUUGAGAUAACGCUCCACCCUGUGCAGGACAUAUCACUUCCUGGUAGAAGCGGUCGUCAGAUGUCGGACAGAGCUCACCCUGACAUGAUGUGAGGCCUUCUCCACAAACUCCACACACUGUGUCAGCUGACCCGCGCCAUCAUGACUGACGACAAGCCGCCGGAAAUUGUGCCAAGAAAGAGGCCGCCGAAGAGGGAACAGGAGGUACCUCUUCGCUUCAUAGAGGGGGACGAUGACUACACCAUGAAGGAGUUUUAUGAGCAGUUCAGAAACUCCCUCCCCAAAACCGUGGUGGCAACACAAGGCAGCCUUGGAGACAUCGACCUUGAAACCUUCUGCUCCGGCCAAGUGAUGUACAUUCACACAACCACGCAACAGACGCGAGUGGUGGCCCGAGACAACCUCGGCAGGACCUUUAGCAUCCCGAGAGACUACUCCAUGAAGUUUCAGGUGGUCAAGUCCAGAGGCAAAGUUGGACCCGCGCAAAGCCUGAAGGAGCUACUGGACGAGAAUGAAUUGCCCUUACAGGUAAAGUUUGCCGUCCCGAAAGACUACACGUUCCAUAUCGGCUGUGACCAACAGAAAGUCCAAAACAUCAGCAACUGGGCGCUGGUGGAGGAGUACGAGGAGUCCUACAUGAUCGCUAACUGUAUCAAUACAAGAACUAUUGACAAGAAGUCGGUUCUAGUUCCGGUGUAUCUUAAAGACCUGUUGAUUGCCUUCGCAACGGGCCUUGAGGGGAAGACCGAGGAAGAGUGGAAGGAGUACGAGCUCUUCCUCGCAGAGGAGAUGAAGUCUGUUCAAGUGGAUCUCAACGUCGGAAACAAAGAUAUAGCUUUCUAUUCUGAUGAGUCCCUUGGGUUGUCGGACAACGUUUAUGACUACAUCGAACCAAAAGAAUUUCUGACAUUCAAACGUUUGUCGGCAACAGACGAUGAUGGAUAUGGUGUGGUCGAUGACGAUGACAACAUCUAUACACCCAUCAAUGAAGACGACGUCUACAUUCCACGGCCGCCUAUCCCAAAACGGGAACCGAAAACUGCUCCUAUGAAAUCCAAGUCAAAAUCGGAGUCGCCCGAAAAAGACCAGAAAAAUGAACCCUCGUCGCCUACCGGAAGUGAAACAGCUCAUGGAUACGUAAAUGACAUUCCUCGAAAAGAAGUAGCUCCUUUUCGACUGUUCAAGGGCCUUUUAAAGGGUAAGCAGGAUGGGGCAAAGUCCAGCGUAAAGGGAAAUCCAGGGAAUGUGGCUGUGAAAGACUUAUCAAUCGCUGAACUUGGCAAGAAGAUGAAGGAACUUAAGCUUGAAAAACACAUUGCCGCCUUCAAGAAACAGCUGAUUGACGGCACCAUCGCUUUGGAGCUCACGAAAGAGAUCCUUCAGAAUGAUUUUGGGUUCAGUGCAGUAGACGCCAUCAAGAUGAUGGGAUACAUCCAGUCAGGUCACAUCCCUAAAUAAGCCUCAUCUCUCAGAACCUGCCCACACAGUUCUAUGAUGAAGUCCUAGAUAUGUCUGGGCCUUUUCAAACAAUUCAGUACUUUGAUUACUGUAUUGUUGCAGCUGAUUCGGGCUGUUAUCCUAUUUAUGGACUAAGCUGAGUAUUCCUUGUGGCCUGUUGUAAGAGUCCACAAUGGUAUUUUCUGUUGCGGGAGUAUAUUUGGCUUAAAAUACAAAGAAAUAAAAAAAAUGUUUUAUGUCCAGAAGAUAUUAAUAUGACGAAGAAACUUGGGAGGGUGAUAAUGAACAUUUCAUCGAUUGUUUUAAGGUGUUGGAAAGACAGAGUGUCAUUGGAUAUGGCGUCAAUUACAACGACAAUACACGGGUGGGUGGCUGGAACAUAAUGGUCACUUUGAUAUGCAAUCUCUGCUCUUAAACCACUAGGGAAAGUUAUGCCCAUUGUUCUUGGAAGAGUUUUAUAAGCAUAACUGAAUAACUGCCCUAGGGCAAUUAUUUCCAUUUAAAAACUAUAAACUUGUAGUCAUUUUGAUAAUCUUUAUCAUGCCUAAUACAUUACACGCGUAUUAAAUAAGUAUGUCCUCGUGGUGUAAGGUACGGUAGUUACUUAAACAAACUACCUUGUUGGGGUGAUUAACCUAUACAUACACUGCUAGCUGUAUACAACUCUAAAAUGUCUCCUUGUUUAAGCUUUUAUUGCAGAUUAAGGUAGGGAGUAAAUGUUUAGUCUCUGGCUGAUACUUAUUAAUUGAUCAUCUGUUUUGUUACAAUUAUGGAUGAUUGUACCUUUAAUGAAUCUGAGCCAAAUGCUACAUGUCAUGGCGCUGCACACGUCAUACUGCAGACUACAUACCUUACAGGGCUGGUUGUGCCAGACCGACAGCGCGAGGAUGUUCCAUAUGAAUGUGAUGUCUACAUAUACUGCAAGGGGUGGGGCAUCAUUAACGUUGUUUAAUAGAUUACGUUAUAUUUUGCAUCACCAUAUUUUUCUUCUAAAGUAAAACUGUCGUAUUUCUGUUCGGCAAGUGUUGGCAAUGUUGGAAAUUAGUCAGUUCCUGGUGUAUGAGGACAUCCAUUUUCUGGUAGGAAUUCGUAUUUUUCUUAUCGAUAUUUUCUAAUAUCGAGGAAACUUAAUGGCAUCUUGGCGAUAAGGAUGGUUUUCUUGAAUUGCAUAUAUAUCAGUUUGAACCCAGAGUGUUUCAGCCAAUCAUAACAGUUGUUGGCGGUGACGGUCCUAGAGUCGUUGUAAUGGUGAACUUUGACCUGGACCUUGUGUCACGUGGUUAGAGUAUCGUUGUUGUUGUUAAUUGUCUGUGUCAUGAAUGACGUUUGAUCCUGUUGGAUAAGUGUAAGUUGCCAUUGCGUGAGUAGUAUCGCUGUUUCAAAUUCACUUAGCUACUUGCGGGUUUUUUGUUGUUUUGUUUUUUUAAAGAUUAAAACACACUUAUUCUUGGGAUACACAAUAAAUUAUGUCUUAAAUCUCGAAUGUGCGGUGGGGUGGCCUGAUGGUUAAAGCGAAUGCCCGGGUUCCAUUCACCACAUGGUGACAAUGUGGGAAGCCCAUUUCUGGUGUCCCCCGCCGUGACAUUGCUGGAAUAUUGCCAAAAGUGGCGUAAAACCCAACUCACUCACUCUUAAAUCUCGUGUGACGAUUCCAGGGUAGAAUCGAUCCCUGGUAACCAUGUUGCCGUACUAAUCCACAGACCGGCGUCAUAUAUCUGGAACAUUGUACUGGGUUAAACAACAAACAAACAACGAAACUGAAUUUCAUGAUAGUGUUGUCCCAGAUUCCCUUAAUGUUUGUCUGAUCAGACAUUACCAGGCAUCCGUGAUAAAUCUGGAAUAUUGCUGACAACGGUGUACAACAACAUUCUCUUAUUUACUUUACAGCAAGAGCAUGAUUGGUUCAAAUUGAAGUAUCAAUAAUAAUUGCUUGCCAGGUUACAAUGACGAGCGUUAAGCAACCCUCUUACGUAGUCCGACCUAAUUCACUUACGACACUUCAUAAGCUUCUCGAGACUUUAGUCUUUAGUAUUUAUUCUUUACUCUAGGGGAAUUUGAAUGUUCACCGUGCACGCGAAGACGUCUUGUCCUAGUUGGUUUGUCAUUUCUGUAUGUGAUUUAUAUGUUAGUGAAAAUGAUUGAAUAAAAUGUAAUCCUUUGUGCGUU